AUGCGGUUCUCUCUCCUUGCGCUUAGUUCUUUAGCCAGUACUGCAUUUGCCGCAGGCACAAAUCUCCCUCAGGGGUGGUUCACUUUCCAGCCCGGUCAGAAGCUCAAACACACAGAGUUCCAAGGCCGUCCACGGUAUUUGACAUGGAUGGCCGACUCUCAAAUGCAGCAUGGAGUUGAGCCCACUCUGGCUUACACGGUCUCUGCAUAUUACUCCGGAAUCCUUCGAGCCUAUGAACGAACCAGAGAUAAGAAGUACUUUGACUACGUCAAGCGUGGAGCGGAUAUCCUUCUGUACCCCGAGCACGAUGGCACUGUUCUUAUGUAUAACAACAGCAACUCUAUCGAUGAUAUUCGAAUCGGCCAUACAUUCUUGGAUAUGUACAAUUCAACGGGAGACGAAAUUUACAAGAAGGCGGCGACGCACAUGCGGAAGCAGAUUGACCGCACCGGCCGCACGCCUGACGGAGGUUUCUACCAUCGAUUUCCGGCGUAUAUCGACCAGAUGUGGCUCGAUGGCUUCUACAUGCUAGACGUCUUCUACGCGCGCUGGACCCACGAGUUUGAGCCCAAUAAUAGUACUGCGUGGGACGACAUCGCCUUGCAGUUUGACCUCGUCGACGCCGGGACGCGCUCAAGCAGCCAUACUAAUGGCCUGCCUGUCCAUGGAUUCGAUUACAGCAAGAGUCAGGUCUGGGCUGAUUCUGAGACUGGAGCUGCACCCCAUGUCUGGAGUCGCGGUGUAGGCUGGUACGUCAUGGCGCUGACGGACACUCUCGAUUACUUUCCUGAAAAGCACCAGGGUCGCGAGCGCCUGCUGAAGUAUUUAGAAACCCUGACUGAUGCCCUCGUGCCAUGUCAAGACAAGGCUACCAAGGGCUGGUGGCUUGUGAUGGACCCUGGUUUGGAACACAAGUCCGGCAACUACAUUGAGAGUUCAGGGACAGCCAUGUUUGUCGCCAGUCUUUUCAAAGCUAUUCGCAUGGGUUAUAUCAAGGGUGACAGAUUUCUGAAAGCAGCUUUGGAUGGUUAUACGUUAAUGACUACUACCUUCGCACAGCCUCGUCCGCAUGAUGGCUCUUUAGCCUGGGAGUGGACUGUUCAGACAGGCAGCUUGAGCUCCAAUGGAACUUUUGAGUACUAUGCCAGCAUGCCUCUAUUUGAGAAUGAUCUUAAAGGAGUGGCCCCCUUCUUGUUUUCAAGCUAUGAGUAUGAACUAUACCGUACCAAGGCUUCCAGUUAG